GACGAAUCCGCGGAGUCUUCUUCUUUCGUUUCUGAGUGACUUUUCCACCAAAAAAGCAUCAUCCAUCCCAUCCGCAGCGAGCUCCUGCACCGAUCAGGAACCAUUCUCAUCCAUCCGCAGGUUUGGCCGUAGCGGAAGAAAACAGGAAUAUCGAAGCAACGUUAAUCAUCGUUCGUGCCCCCCAAAAGAGGAAGCAACCAAUGGCAAACGUCGGAAGGGACAACAUGCUAAACGAGGAACAGGAAUCGUCGCAAUCGAACAGCUCGAAUGGUUCCGGAGCGCUUCAGCAGCAGCACUCGAGCGGAGGUGGUUUUCAGUUGAAAUCGAGCAUCCUUCGACAGCCUGCGACGUUCGGAUCGGGGGCUGGUGCCGGAGGAGGAUUCGGAGGAAUGUUUGGUGGUAGUUCCAUUGCCGGAUCUUCCGGGCCAAUCAACAGUUUCAAUAUGAAACCAAGCGUGCUGAAGCCGUCACAUUUCGGAGGUGGCUUCGGAAGUUUCGGCGCACAGAAGAAAGACGAAGAUCAGACAAACAGCAAUAGCUUUGGGGCGAAUCCAUUCUUAAAGACGCAGGUCAGCGAGGACGACGGAUCGCAACCGAAGAAAGAGGAUGACAAAACGGACAAGGAGGAGAAUGUGGAUCCGUUGGCGAAGCUGAACCGAGGCACACUUCCCAAGUCGAAUCUGUUUGCUAACGUGAAGGCCAUUACCCAGAACACGGGCUUCGUGUUUGGACAGAACGUUCACGAGCGGGUUACAGGGGAGAACCUCCAAUCGGAUUCGGGAUCGGUCGCGACGGCUGGACUGUCCUUCUCGAGUACUGUCGCUACCACAAAUAGUAAUGAUUCCUCGUCGUCAAAUCCGGCUGCUGUUGGUGGCGGCACUGCUGCUGCCGCCGGGGGAAGUGGAACGGUGGCAACGGGCGCAGCAGGUGGUAGCAAAUCGGAAGGAGGGGACGAAAGUCUGGAAGAGGCAGCUCGGCGGUACGAGGAAAGCCGCGGUGCUCUGAAGAGGAAGUUUGAUGAGGUGGAAACGCUUACGGGGGAGGAGGACGAGCGGAACGUGGUGGAGGCCAAUUGUAAACUUUUCGCAUUCGCCAAGAGCAACUGGGAGGAACGAGGCCAUGGCACCGUGCGGCUUAAUGAUAACGAUAGUAAAGAAUCGAGGGUUGUCUUCCGGCAGGCGGGCAAUCUCCGGGUGGUCAUCAAUACAAAGGUCUGGUCCGGUAUGACUGCAGAGCACUCCAGCCCGAAGAGCCUGCGUCUCACCGCCAUGGACAACAACGGUCAGGUGAAGGUCUUCCUUUUAAUGACCCGUCCCGAUGUGAUCGGUAAGCUGCACAAAGAGCUAACCAAGCGUAUCCAGGUGGCGAAGGAGCAUGCCGACGAGGAAUCGCUGUUGCAGGACGACGAAGCCGGCAAGGAGAACAACAACGAUAAUGCUGCUGCAGCCAAUGCCACCAAACCGAUCGAAUGCGAAGAUGCUCCGGGGACGGACAGUACGGUCAAGGAAGGGGACUCCGAUGAACCUUGCACGAAAAAACGACUCAGUUCGUCGUCUUAAGCAAGGAAAAAAAAAAACCAGCGCAUAAGAUUAUCAUCAACUCUUAACUAUCUAUUCUAAUUCUACCCAACUAAAACUCCCCACAUCGAAAUUUGAUCCAUUAUUGCUGCUUAGAUUUCUCCUACGAUUCCUAUUCGAUAACUUUUGAAAGUGAAAAUUAAGCUACGAGUUCGAAAGUAUUCCACUAAAUUUCAUUUUCCUCGUUUACUAUUUUAAUGUGUACUGGAAAAAAAAACCAAGCUGGUCUAGAUGUUGAAAUUAUCGAGUGAACACAGGAUUUCACCAGGAUGGUGGUGAUUGCAAAGAAUCUUACAAUUCGCGUACGACGACAGUAGUUAUGGAAGCAAUUAUCGUUCUCAGAUUUGUCCUCUCUGUCAAAUGCGAUAAAAAAAAAUUAAACCAACAAGCUCCCUUACCAAUAGGGCGGCAGCUUAUCGCGUUCUUAUGCCGACCACAUUGUGUGGUUGAUUAGAAAUAAUGCUGACUUCUUCGAUCGUAUCCCUUGAUGAUGCGGUUUUCAAUUCAAUAAACAUUGUCGUACUCGUCGAAAAUUGUAGUAGUUCAUGUUUGUGUAAAAAAAAACCGAUCAAAUUCAGUGAAAUAAACAGAUGAAAAAU